AUGCCCUGCUUCCAUGAUGAAAGGUCGGAGGACUGGUUUUACGUCGACCCCGACGGCGCGUUCCAGGGCCCCUUCAGCAUCACCCAGCUGCGCUCCUGGGCUCAGACCAUGAGCAGCAGCCCCACCACCAUAAAGCGCGACGACUACGAGCGGUUCCUGAAGGUGCACUCGUUCACGGCGCACAUGCAGCGCGAGCGGCGCUGCAUGCUGCUGGGGACGCUGCUGCUCAUGAACAAGCCGCCGAACGGGUUCCCCGGCGGGGGUGAGCCUUUCAGGCCGCUAUGA